AUGGGCGUAGCAAGGCCGAUUCGAACGGCGGAAUGCCGCACUGCGGUGGCGAUGGACGCAGCAAGGCCGAAUCGAACGGCGGAGUGCCGCACUGAGGUGGCGAUGGGCGUAUAUUGCUCAGCAACUACCGGCAUCAACGGCGGACAAGCGAUGGUACUUGUGAAGACCCCAGUACUAGACGACAACGACUUCGACCUCCUGGAGCUCCACACAUUGAAGGUCAACAAUUCGAGGAUAAAAACCGACAUAAACCUGGUGGCUAAGCACGGCAAUCUGAUCUACGCCCAAACGACAAAAUGCGACAUUUGUGAAGGUACCAAGCUGAUCGAGGACGAAUGCAUCUAUAAUAUCUUAACGCAUCAAACACCAAAAUGCACACUCAAAACUCACAAGAAGGAUGCCAAAAAGAACCACGUCGAGGCACUGAUGCUUAGAACAAAGAAGCUAGAAGAAGUAGAAGCAACCGAUGGUUCGAACAGUCAAACAACAAGAAAGGACCCCGGACAGAAGCGUCUGAAACUCAUCCCAGAACCAAGGUUCGAGCUCCUGAAACAUCAAACGAGGACGCUUGAUACUUGAGGGGGGAGGCGUUAGGAUCAGAGUUGCCCACGUGCCAUCCCAUCAGAACGAGCCAU